AUGCAUACCAACGUAGCCUUGGCCUCGUCUGCCGUUACAUACCCUCUCUUGUUACGGGCGAUCACUCCUCGCAACAGCACCACCGCUCAGUUUAUGAAAUCGCGGGAACUUCUCUCCGUGGCUCACUGUGUGUUAGUCCUUUCCGCAACACUCUACGAGCUGCAUCAACAGCGGCGGGAUUGGGACCCGCACGCCACCGCUCUGGAAUCUGAACGGCAGCCUUUGUCUGCGAAGAAAAACCAUAUCAAUAUCCUCGAGGCGAAACCGCCACUUGCGAACGCGAUUCUGGCGUUUGAGUGCGGCUACCUGAUCCAGGAUUUUGCAGUGCUUGUCUUGGGGGCACGACGAACGGCAAGCGAUGGCCGUGCGCGAUCUGUGCUGGCGCGGAACGUCAAUUGGCGGGUGUUGGGCUGGCAUCACUUGGGCGUCGUUGCUGGCCUUGGUAUGUUUCAAUGGCGUGCACAGCGCGGAGAGGCCAAGGGAGUGCUCAUUCUUCUGAUAAUGAUGUUGAUGAAUGGCUCGUGA